AUGGUCUGCGCGUUGCAUGUUGGGAUAAUGUCACGCUUACUCGGACAAGAUGGUAGAGAUUUUUGUUGUGAUUUGUUAAAGAGUCGCUCACCUUAAAGUUGUUGUCACUUUUUUAUCCAUUGGUUUAUAUUUACCUUUAUUUACGCAGAAAUAAGUUUUGUUUCCAAAACGUAGCGACGAAAAUAAACAGGCUAUUGUCCUCUGGACCUGCAGAAGGUUUCGUGAUCCAGCCGAAUGAACAGAUCAGCAGCAAAGAAUCUCAUCGAGCGCUACUUUUGGCAGUUAACCGAUGGCUGUGGCAAUGACGACUGUGACAACGAGUUCUGCGCCUCGUGUCGCCAUUUCCAACCGCUGGAUAGAAACGCGGCGGCGGUCAGAGCGCUGGAGCUGUGUAAGAUCAAUGCCAAACUUUGUGAUCUCAAAACUUCCCAGACAGGAUCUGACAUUCAGCCUCCGGGUCUCAAGGAGGACUUCUCAGAUGUCCAUUACCUCACAGAGAACACAGUUUGUAUGAUUGUAAGUGUGUGCGAAGAGGAAGGUGACUACUCCGCCCUUAUCCGGGUCAUUGGUCGAAUUUUCUCCAACGCCAACGCCUUGAUAAAAAGCUUCCGUAAGGAUGAAAUCAACUCUUCCGAGCCCAGGGACGGUGCUUCUGAACAGCCGGGCGCCUCCCUUGAUGUCACUGUGGACAUUGACUCGGUGCGCCGUGUCUACGAGCGACUUCAGACGAUCGAGCAGGCUGAAUCGGCUCUGCUCAACGCACUGGUCUACCUCACUCCCAACGUGGAGCUGGAUCUGGAGUACCUGGAGGUGUACGAGGCCAAUCCGGACUACCUGAACAUCUUUGUCAUCCUGAUGGAAAAUGGGAACCUACACAGUCCCGAGUACCUGGAACUGGCACUGCCGCAGUUGUGCAAGACCAUGAGCAAGCUACCAGUGGCCGCCCUGACUCGGCUUUGCAAGCUGUGGUCCGGGUAUGAUCUCCCGCACAUUCGCCGCAUGAUGGAGACCUUCCAGCAGCUCAUCACCUACACUGUGGUCAGCCGGGAGUACAGCGGCGAGCACCUGGUCAAUGAAGAUGACACAGUCGUGGCCGCCUGCAAGUGCCUGAAGCUCGUCUUCUAUGCCAACAUAUUGGGCGGCGACGUGGAUACGGAGCACAACGAUGACGACGACGGUGGCGCGGCCGACUCGGACGAGCUGAGCCUGCACGAGCUUCUGGGUGAGGAGCGGCUCUACAAGAAGGGUCCUCAGAUAGACCUGCUGGAGAAAGAACUCGGGGUCCGACCAAUCGACAGCAGGAAGCCCCUCAUCCCAUUUGAGGACUUUGUCAAUGAGUCUCUGAAUGACGUGGUGGAGAUGGACAAGGACUUCACCUUUUUCAAGGUCGACGCGGAAACCAAGUUCUCCUUCCAGACUUGCCCCUUCGUCCUCAAUGUCUUCACCAAGAACCAGGGGCUGUACUAUGACAACCGGAUCAGGAUGUACAGCGAGCGUCGCCUCACUGCCCUGUACAGCGCGGCACAGGGGCAGCAGCCCAGCCCUUACCUCAAGCUCAAAGUGCGGCGGGAUCACAUUAUCGAUGACGCGCUCGUCAGGCUGGAGAUGAUCUCCAUGGAGAACCCAUCCGACCUGAAGAAGCAACUCUUUGUCGAGUUCGAGGGCGAGCAAGGCGUGGACGAGGGCGGCGUUUCAAAGGAAUUCUUCCAGUUGGUCCUGGAGGAAAUCUUCAAUCCCGACAUAGGGAUGUUCACCUACGAUGACGACACCAAGCUCUUCUGGUUCAACUCGUCUUCCCUGGAGAACGAAGCCCAGUACACCCUUGUGGGCAUCGUGCUUGGCCUCGCCAUCUACAACAACUGCAUCCUGGAUGUGCACUUCCCCAUGGUGGUCUACAGGAAGCUCAUGGGCAAGAGGGGGACCUUCUGCGACCUCCCUGACUCGCAUCCAGGUCUUUACCAGAGUCUGAAGGAGUUGUUAGACUACAAUGGCGAUGUGGAGGCGGACAUGGCGCUUACCUUCCAGAUCUCCCACGCAGACCUUUUUGGAAGCCCUGUGCUGCACGACUUGAAGGAGAAGGCAGAAGACAUUCCUGUUUCCAAGGAGAACAGACAGGAAUUUGUGGACCUGUACACUGACUACAUUCUGAACACGAGCGUGGAAAGGCAGUUCCGGGCGUUCAAGAAAGGUUUCCUCAUGGUUACCAGUGAGUCCCCAAUGAAAUACUUGUUCAGGCCCGAGGAAGUGGAGCUGCUUAUCUGUGGAAGCAGGAAACUUGACUUUGAAGCCCUGGAGAAGACGGUCGAAUACGACGGAGGUUAUAGCAAAGACACGCAAAUUAUCAAAGAUUUUUGGGGAACACUGCACUCAUUUGGAGAGGAGCAGAAGAGGCUAUUCCUUCAAUUCACCACUGGCACGGACAGAGCGCCGGUCGGCGGGCUCGGCAAGCUCAAAAUGAUCAUCGUCAAAAAUGGCUCAGACACCGAAAGGUUGCCGACUUCGCACACCUGUUUCAAUGCGCUGCUCCUUCCGGAAUAUUCUUCCAAGGAGAAACUGCAGGAGCGACUCCUCAAGGCCAUCACUUACGCUAAAGGCUUUGGAAUGCUGUGACGUGCCCGCCGUCGAGGUUUUGUUUUGGGGGUAGCAACCGAGUAUACCUUUUACACAGUGAGGGUUAACCCUGCUGCAAACAUGUGCCUCCACAAAUAACUCAGCAAGCAUCACAACGGUGGAACUUUGAUUUCCAAGUGUGUUCUUUUCUUCUGUUUUUGAAAAGCUGUGAAAGUGGACUUAUAAAUGUGACAUGAAUUGAUCCUUCGCCAAGCCACACACCCUAAACCGCCAGUCUGGCGAAUCACAGCGCAGCGUAGACAAAAGAUCUGUUGAAUUCAACGAUAUGAGUUAGAGUUUGGCUCUCUUCAAAGGCUAACAAAGCUAGACGGCCAAGCAUGAUGAUUUUUAUUUUGCAUCAUAACGCUAAUGCUAUGCUACUGACGUCGCAUGUUUUCCUGAUAAGUUAAAGGGAUUUUUUUUUCCUCCACCGUCUUCUAUCUAUAUCCCCAAGUUAGUCCAGAUCAAUGCAGGCUCCAUA